UCGAUAUGUCUAUCCGGAAGAUGGGCGAUGUAGCAAGAGUCAAAGGUCCUAUCACCGGAGUUGUAGCCGAGUUUUGUAUUUUAUCAUAAAAAUUCACCGUUGCGACUUCGUUGGUUAAAGUUUGCACGCUUUGCAUGGUGAUGUUUCGGGGUUUAUCCAGGUUCCUGCGGUCCAGCCCUGUUUCUGUCCGGAGAAGCAUGUCCCAGAGCAGUCUGGAUGGGAAAGUAGCUGUCGUUACAGCCUCCACGGAUGGAAUCGGCCUGGCGGCGGCUCAGGCUCUGGGAAGGAGAGGGGCCCAUGUGGUCGUGAGCAGCCGGCGGCAGGCCAACGUGGACAAGGCUGUGGCUUUGCUGCAGAGCCAGAGCAUCCGAGUAACUGGAACCACAUGUAAUGUCGGCAAAGGGGAGGACAGAGAGAAGCUGGUCCAGCUGACCGUGGAUCAGUGUGGGGGCAUUGACAUCCUGGUGUCCAACGCAGCGGUCAACCCUUUCUUUGGAAACAUCAUGGACUCCACCGAGGACGUGUGGGACAAGAUUCUGUCAGUAAAUGUAAAAUCUGCCUUCCUGCUGACUAAGCUGGUGGUGCCUCAUAUGGAGAAGAGAGGAGGAGGAAACGUCAUAUUCGUGUCUUCUGUGGCUGCAUACCAACCGAUGCAGGCCCUGGGCCCCUACAGCGUGAGUAAGACGGCCCUGCUGGGUCUGACCAAGGCGCUGGCUCCAGAGCUGGCUCAGAGUAACAUCAGGGUGAACUGUGUGGCCCCUGGGAUCAUCAAGACACGCUUUAGCUCUGCGUUGUGGCAAAACGAAGACAUCGUGGAUGAGUUCAAAAAGCAGCUCAGCAUUAAAAGAAUCGGAGAACCUGAGGAGAUUGGAGGGACGAUCGCCUUCCUGUGCUCCGAUGAGGCCUCCUACAUCACAGGAGAGACCAUCACAGUGACGGGAGGAAUGGGCUGCCGACUCUGAGCCCUCUGUUGGCAGCAGCAGAGCUUCAUGUUGUACUUUGAUCUUCCCACUAAAUCGUCGGCAGACAUGAUUGAGAGCAAAGCUAAUCUGGAUGAGGUUUUUUUCUGAUCAUUCAAAUCAAGAUAUUGAAGAUUUCAAAUAUGUUUUUCAGUUUCUAGGUUACAAAUAAGGCCGUGAAAGGUCUGAAACGCAUGUAAAAACUUAACAUUAAGCACAGAAGGCUGAAAUCUAUCGCCAUCUCCUGGACUGGUGGAAGCCAUGCUUCCAAUCAUUUUUUUUAUUUUAUGUUUUGCACACAAAUGACAUGUAACAUGGAGGAAUAAGAAAUAAAAAGAAAAA